AUGCCAGAAGAGGCUAAAAGGAAGCAUGGAAGUGCUGCUGAGGAGCAAAUUCCCAUCCAUCAGGGAACUGUUGAUGGAACAAAUGCACAGGUUUUGGAGGUUGGGGGUGUCACUACUGGCUUAGGAGUGCCUGAUAUGCAGGAUGGCACUUCACCAGAAAACGGCACCCACGUGCCUGAUACAAAUCAGCACCCAACAGUGAUGAAGAGGCCCUUGGAUGGCAAGGAUGCAGCGACAACCAGCCAAAGCGCAUUGAUGACUGACGCCACCAAUGCUGACUUGCCCGCAAGCAAACAGCCUACCAGUUACAGCGAAUCUGCACCUAAAUGGAAUGCUGAUGGUAUGCAAAGAUUGCGUGAGGAGCUGACUGCAUUCAGCCAGUGUCAGAAUCCAUCACCUGACAUUCAGGCAGAGAAGGUGGACUAUAUUUUGGGGGCUACACGUGUUGCAUUGCAACUGUUUCGCCCCCAUUACCCACAUGUGGCAGUGGUGCCCUUUGGCAGUUAUGCGAACGGUUUGGGUGUGGCUGCUUCAGAUAUUGACCUAGUGGUGGUUGGUGUGAUGAGCCCGUCAACUCCAAGCGGGUACCUUCCAGAAGAAAGGGCACAGGUGGCCAGGCACCUUGGCAGCCUUCGCCGACAAUUGCAGAGAAACGCCUGUUUUCAAAAGGCCGACUUCCAGCUCAUCAGGAAUGCAAGAAUCCCUAUCCUGAAGAUUAAUGCUAUUGGGAGGUUCUGCACAAUUGCUAUGGAUAUUUCUCUGGCUUCCAAUUCAGGUCCUGCUGCAGCGACCUACAUGGCAGGUGCUGUGUCAGCAUGGCCUGCCCUGCGCCCUGUUUGUUUGGCGCUUAAAUGCAUGCUGAAGGACAAGCACCUGGCCGAUGUCUCUCAAGGUGGCCUCUCCAGUUUCUCUCUUUCACACAUGGUACUUGCCAGUCUAAUGGUUGAGCAGCAGGCAGGGGUACACUCUACAAAUGAUCCUGCUGUCAUGAUGGCAAGGUUUUUGUGGAGAUUCGGACUUGACAUUGACUACAGCACAACGGCCAUAUCUGCCCUCAGAGGAGGACUGUGCCCAAAAGAGGUUGUGCAAGCCAAUGAAGUGAAUGCCAGCAUGUGGUACAGGCAGCGGAAUGUGGGUAGCAGUAAAAUUUGUGUUGAGGACCCCCUGACAGGGCGUGAUGUUAGUAGCGGCACAUUGCAAGUGGAGGCGAUCCGCAAUUUGUUUGGCUGUUCCUACCGGAAACUGGUUGCAGCCACAUGGGCAACUUUCCCAGGGGACGCUGCCUUCCCCGUUUUGGGAAGGUAA